AUGCGAACAUCGGAGAUAUCACGGCAACCAACUGGUUGUAUUCUGAAAUCAAUUAUCAUUUGCCUGUUUUUGCCUUUAUAUUUAGCAUCUACUGAACAAACAGGCACAGCCAGAAUUGAAACUGAUUACGCUACUAAUGCAGAUGUUUCAUCGACUAAUUCAGCUAGUACUACUCAGCCAAGAUUCAUCUCCAAAUCGAACACCAUAAUUUAUGACCAUAACAAUACAACAUCACCAGACACCACCAGAAUUGAAACUGAUUACACUACAAAUGCAGACGUUUCAUUUGUAACUACCAUAACAGAAAAUGUGACGACAACAGGAAAAAUACUCUUUUUCACAGAUAUAACGACAUUUAAACAAACUAUAAAAAAAAAUAACAAAAUAACAUCAGAUGAAGUAGUAACAACAUCUAUUACUGGGGUGACAAGUAAUAAGGAAGAACCCACGAUAGUAGAGUUAAUAUUCGGUACAACAGAGCUACCAACGAUACCAUCAACACACAAUAUCAAAACCCCAGCAUUAACGAAUGAUACGAACACGAAAGAUUCUGGCACAGGAACUGAUUACACUACUGAUGCAGACGUUUCAUCAACUUAUUCAGCUAUUACUACACAGCCGAGAUUUAUCUCCACAAUGAACACCAUAAUUAAUAAACAUAACACUACAACAUCACCAGACACCACCCGAAUUGAAACUGAUUACACUACCAAUGCAGACAUUUCAUCAACGUAUUCAGCUAUUGCUACUCAGCCGAGAUUCACCUCCACAACGGACACCUACAGUGAAACUGAUUACACUACUGAUGCAGACGUUUCUUCAACUUAUUCAGAUAUUAAUACUCAGUCGAGAUUCAUCUCCACAACGAACACCAUAAUUAGUGAACAUAACACUACAACAUUACCAGACACCACCACAAUUGAAAUUGAUUACACUACCAAUGCAGACGUUUCAUCAACUCAUUCAGCUAUUGCUACUCAGCCGAGAUACACCUCCACAACGGACACCUACACUGAAACUGAUUACACUACUGAUGCAGACGUUUCUUCAAAUUAUUCAGCUAUUAAUACUCAGUCGAGAUUCAUCUCCACAACGAACACCAUAAUUAGUGAACAUAACACUACAACAUUACCAGACACCACCCGAAUUGAAACUGAUUACACUACCAAUGCAGACGUUUCGUCGACUUAUUCAGCUACUACAACUCAGCCGACAUUCACCUCCACAACGAACACCAUAAUUAAUGAACAUAACACUAAAACAUCACCAAACACCAUCCGAAGUGAGGCUGCUUUAAUAACGGAAGAAGUCACAAGGGUAGAGUCGAUAUCCAAUGCAACAGAGCUAUCAACGAUACCAUUAACGAACAAUAUCAAAACCUCGGCAAUAACGAAUGCCAUGAACACGACAGAUUCUGGCACAGGAACUGAUUACACUACAGUAACUGAUGCAGACGUUUCACCAACUUAUUCAGCUAUUACAACACAGCCGAGAUUCACUUUCACAACGAACACCAUAAUUAAUGAACGUAACACUACAGCAUCACCAGACACCACCCGAAUUGAGGCUGCUUUAAUAACGGAAGAAAUCACGAGGGUAGAGUCGAUCUCCGAUACAAGAGAGCUACCAACGAUAACAUCAACGAACAAUAUCUUUGAAUACGACAUUGAAACUUCAAUUAUCGACAUUUAUGAAUAUAAUACUACAACAACACAAGAUACAACCAGAAUUGAAACUGAUUACGCUACUAAUGCACAACAUGAAGCCAGUACAUUAAUUAAUGUUGGUUAUGAGCAUCAAACAUCGACAUUUACAGAAGAAGUCACGAGGGUAGAGUCGAUAUCCGAUACAACAGAGCUACCAACGAUAACAUCAACGAACAAUAUCGUCCAAUACGACAUUGAAACUUCAAUUAUCGACAUUUAUGAAUAUAAUACUACAACAAAACCAGGUACAACCAGCAUUGAAACUGAUUACGCUACUAAUACACAACAUGAAGCCAGUACAUUAAUUACUGUUGGUUAUGAAACUCAAACAUCGACAUUUACGGAAGAAGUCACCAGGGUAGAGUCGAUAUCCGAUACAACAAAGCUACCAACGAUAACAUCAACGAACAAUAUCGUCGAAUUCGACAUUGAAACUUCAAUUAUCGACAUUUAUGAAUAUAAUACUACAACAACACCAGGUACAACCAGAAUUGAAACUGAUUACGCUACCAAUGCACAACAGGAAGCCAGUACAUUAAUUACUGUUGGUUAUGAAACUCAAACAUCGACAUUUACAGAAGAAGUCACUAGGGUAGAGUCGAUAUCCGAUACAACAGAGUUACCAACGAUAACAUCAACGAACAAUAUCGUCGAAUACGACAUUGAAACUUCAAUUAUCGACAUUUAUGAAUAUAAUACUACAACAACACCAGGUACAACCACAAUUGAAACUGAUUACGCUACUAAUGCACAACAUGAAGCCAGUACAUUAAUUACUGAUGGUUAUGAAACUCAAACAUCGACAUUUACAGAAGAGGUCACGAGGGUAGAGUCGAUAUCCGAUACAACAGAGCUACCAACUAUAACAUCAAAGAACAGUAUCGUCGAAUACGACAUUGAAACUUCAAUCAUCGACAUUUAUGAAUAUAAUACUACAACAACACCACCAGGUACAACCAGAAUUGAAACUGAUUACGCUACUAAUGCACAACAUGAUGCCAGUACGUUAAUUAAUGUUAGUUAUGAACACAACACUACAACUGCGUCUCGUACAAAUGUUACAACACACAUUCAAACUUUGGAGUUUUCGGCUCGCAGUGUUUCUGACAUUUCAACGGCGGAUCUAACUACUGACACGGCAACUACAUCGGUACCAACUACGACACAUUUGAAUAACAUCAUUAAUAUGCCAACAACUGAUUCGAAUUUCAGAUCGGCUACCGAACAACAUACAGAGACCACAACUGGGUCUAGAUUGUGUACGCAUGGGACAACAACGUUGAAUACGCUCCACAAGACAACAAGAAGGGAAACUGUCCUAUCACAAGAAAUCGCUAACAUUACUAAGAACGUUACUAAUGACAAUAUUGAAGAGGUAGCAGUAGGACUCGAAGUUAUCGUAGAGAAGGCGGAGCUGGAGCCAGCUGAUGUAAAGGAAGUCUCUAAUGCCCUAGAAACUAUAGCCAAAAUCAAAUCACCAAACGAAAAUGUAACAGGUGCAGUCGUGGGUACGGUGGACGCUAUAAUUGCCUCUGAUUCAUCAGAUUCUAAUCUACCACCUGAAACGACAGCUUUAAUCCUUGAGUCAUUCGAGCAGCAAAUUAGCACCGCCGCUACUGAUGGUCAGAAUUACACUCAAGAUGAAGAUACUCUUUCUGUGCGAACUUUAAGUUUUAAUUCUAAUCUUAACUCUGAUGUUGAAUUCGUUAUUAAUGAAAAUGAGACGCCUUACGUAUGUUUUGAAGAUGUUUGUUUAGCAAACGACAGGAAGCAGUCUGUCAAACUUCCAAAGGAUCUCCUAACAUCAUAUGAGGAGCGGACGAACAUCAGUUUUACUUCGUUUUACAACCCAAACCUGUUUCAGUCGGGUGCAGCUGAACAGCAUCUAUCCAGUGUGAUUAUGUCAGCUACCAUUUAUAAUGACAGUCUUCCGGAGGUGUUCCAAAACCCAGUUAAACUUGUGUUCAACGUACCCGAAUCCUAUUCAAACAGCAAUGUUUCUUGUGUUUUUUGGAAUGCAACUUUAGAUGGAAAUGGUAAUUGGUCAAUUAAAGGCUGUAAGCGUAUCGAUACAGGCUAUAAGGGCAGUGUAACGUGUCAUUGUACACAUCUAACACACUUUGCUGUCUUGUUUUUUCCUAAUGAAAUUCCACCUGGUGUUAACCUAUUUCUAGAUUUGGUGACCUAUAUCGGCUGUGGAGUUUCAAUCAUAUGCUUGGUAUUAACCGUAGUAACUGUUCUAUCAAUAACUUGUUACCUUAGUGCUACCAAAGUGGAGGUGUUCAUUUACACUAUCAUUAUCCCAAUUGGACUUGUCAUGGUCUUCAACUUUGUCAUAUUUGUACUCACCAUUAAAAAGUUAUUCUUCUCGAGCUCAAUGGUGAAUAGACCACUCGAUGAAAAAGAGAAGAAGAAACGUUUGGUAAACGCCAUCGCCAUCUCUUUGCUGCUAGGCCUUACUUGGAUCUUCGGAUUUUUGUCUUUCGAAAACGACGCUGACAUUGUGUUUCUGAUUCUGUUCUGCGUUUUUAACUCGUUUCAAGGCGUCGCCAUUUUCUACCUUUUUUGUUUAAGACAGAAAGAAUGCAAAGAAGCUUGGCAGAAAUGGCUAGGCAUCUACAAGUUGAAAACAUCAUAUAAUUUCAGUUUAAGACAGAGUACAUCACAAUGUCAAACUACAAACGACUUGUUCAGAUCAAUUUCGAUGGAGCAGAAACACAAGGCAUUCAAUCAAUUGCAGUUGGUUGAAAAUCCUGCAUUUGAAAACACAGUUGAUUAG